AUGAACGGUAUUGCCCACAGGGCCCCGAUAUCAACACCCAAACCAGAUAUAGCUUUCGGGUAUCAGCCUCAAGCUAUUUUUAGGAUCACGGAACGGGCGACAGAUGAAGACGUGCAUAAGCUGUUAAAACUGAGAGAUUUGUACAUUGUUAACGAGGAAGGCCUUUUGCUUCCGUACUUGCUUGUAGAAGUGAAAACAGCGUGUAAAGACAUGGAAAUAGCAACGAAUCAGCUUCUUGGAGGAACCUCAAUCACAGUUAAUCUCUGCGAUGGGGCGAUCGAGAACGACAACGCGGUUUUCGGCGUUACAAUGCAUAACGAGUUCGCGAAGAUUUUUGUGACAUGGAAAAACGGUGAGAAGCACUUCAUGAAAGAGUUCGAAGCCUUCACGUUCCUACACUUCGAUCAGUAUUUUUUGUUCCAGAAAAUGAUGUUCAAUAUCCACAAAUGGGCAGCAACGGACCGAUUGGAGACGGCGAGGAAUAGGUUCACCGUAUGA